AUUUUAGAUUCUCCAUGGUAUAAGCCAUAUUUAUAUAGAACUUUUAUAGAAUCAAGUUUAUUAUUGGGAAAAUUAUAUGUAAUGAUUGGUGCACCAAGAGAAGCUCAAUGUUUCUUACAAGAAAGCUUUACAGUUGCACAAGGAAUUAUUUUGGCAAAUAGAACAAUAAGUAUUUUAAUAUUGCUGGCACAACUGGACUUAUUAUGUGAAAAUUAUGAUGAUUGUAAUACAAAGAUAAUAAAUUUGAAAAAUAUUUUGAAUUUUAAUAUAAGCAUCAUUGGAUUUGAAAAUAUCAUUGAAGGAAUAUAUUCACACAAUGAAGAAAAUGUUGUAGAGAAAGAACAGGAGAAAGAAUUAUUUAUUUUUAAUAAGUCUGGAAGACGUUUGAAAGCAGAAGUGCGUAGUGUGUUUUUAAACAUUGAAGAUCCUCAAUCAUCACCACCACAACAGAGAAAACAAAAUAUUAUAAUUCCAUCAUUUUUUAAUCAUCCAACAUCAUGUUCUUGUGAAAUUUGCCAAUACAUAGCCCUCCAUUAUCAAUUUUUAGAAUUAAUGGAAUUACAAUCAUCUCUCAAUCACUAUUCUUUUGAUAAGAAAGAAAAAAUAUUUCUUGAUAUUUUAAAGUAUUAUGAAAUUAUAUUAUUAAAACGAAAAAAUGUAUUUACAUCAAUCUUACCAUUUAUUUUUUGGAAAGAUAAAAAAGGAAUGAUAGAAAAUAAAAAUGAAAUAGUGAUGAAAUCAGACAUUUCUCUAUUUUGCCGUGUUUCAUGUAAAUUAGCAAUUCUUAAUGCAACACAAAAUAAAUUCAGUACUGCACUCAAUAAUCUGAAUAAUGCUUUUAUUCAACUAGAUAAAUCAUCUAAAAUUCAUGAAAUAAUCUAUGCAGAUUUAUUCUCAGAAUUAACAUUACAAAAAGUUUUUAUAUCCCUUCAAUAUGUAUUUAAACAAAAAGAUGAGAGUAAAAGGAUAUUGAAUGUUUGUGGAAAUGUAUCUUCAGAAAUGUCCUCAAUUGCUGAGAAGAUCAGUAAAUUAAAUUUAGAUGAUGAUGAUAAUUCAUCAAGUGAUGAAUUUGUAAAAUUGCCUAUGAAAUAUCUUACAAAAACACCAGGAAAAGUAUCUGCAAAGGGAAGAAAAGGAUGUAGAGCACCAAAAAAGAAAAAAGCCCCUAAUCUCUACAUGGAAAAAUAUAUUGAAAGUUUAGACAAAUCAGAUGACUCAUUAUGUAGUAAUCUGGAAAGUGAUGAAAAUACAGAUUUUCAUAAUCCCAAAAUUCAAAAAGAGUCACAAAAGCUUAAAGCAGAAAUGUUUAAGUAUUCUCACAAAAACAAUUACAACUUAUCUGGUAAAGCAGAUAAGUCUAAAAGUGGCCAAAACAUGUUAAAGAAAGAUGAUAAUAUAGAUGAUUUUCAUUCUAAAAUUAUAUCAACUGAAAUUAACCAAGAAAAAGUGAGUCAUCGAGAAAUGCAAAAAGUUGACAUAGAUGAUAUAUGUUUAUUUUCUUCUCCACCUAAAACAUAUUCUACUCGACAUAAAAAGAAAAAAAUUUCUAAAAUAAAAAAUACUGCAGAGAAACAUAAGUCAAAAGAAAAGAUUGAAGAUAGACGAAAUGCUGAUGAUGGUGAUGAUGAUUUUUUCUUAUUUCACAAUACUAUUUUGGACAAUUCCAUGUUUUCAAAAAUGUCAAAUUCUCCAUUUGAUCAAUCAGACCACAUGGCUAAUAAUAAAAAUUUAGCAGAAUCAAAAUGGAUGACCCCUGAAAUUUUUCGGACAGGAGAUGAUAGUCUAAACACUAUGACAACACGUUCAAAAACAAGAAAAAAAUUAAUAUUAAACGAUUCAAAAAAUCAUUCAUCUCAUCAGAGAAUUACAAGAAAGAAUAGUGAAAAUCAAGAAGCAGUUGAAUCUGUAGUAAGAUCAUCAGUAACAGAUGAUAUUUUAAAUAACAGUUUUAAUGAAAUUUCAAAUACUAUUACAUCUCAGAUUAAACAUCAAGAAUUUGAUGAAAAAGAACAUAUAGAUGUGAAAUUAGAAGAUUUGGCUUUGGAAUUAAAACAUGCUCUUGAGGUAAUAGGUCAUUAUCCAGUUUGUCCACUUUACUCUAACAUGUGUAUAUUGAUGGCAUUGCUUACUAAAUAUCUGAAAAACAUUUGUCAGGAUGACAAAAAGUUUGAUGUUGCUUAUUACAUCUCCGAGAGUGUUGCAUUAACUUUAAAGCAUCAAGCAUUAAUCACUUUGACCAAAAAAAUCAAUAAGAAUGAAACUCUUGGAAAUGGGAAUACUUCGAACAGCUAUAAAGUUGAAGAUGAUGAAUAUCAGUUGGCUAAUGUAAAGAGAGACUUGUUAAAUUUUAGAAACAAAUUUGAACUUAAAGAAAAAGAAAAAAUACAAAACAUAAUUGGUUCUAUCCCAAAAGAUUGGACUGUUGUGCAAGUAAACACAGUUCCAUGUGAAUUAAAUAUAAAUUCGGAUAAAGUCAGUCCUCCAGUUCUAUUAGUGACUCGCUUUCAAUCAGAUUCUGUUCCCAUCACAGUAACAAUAGAACAUAAAGAAGAUAUUGUGUUUGAAAAUAAUUUUUUACCAGAAUUUAAUAAAAUAUUAAAAGAAAGUGCCGCUACCAUGCAGAAAAAGGAUGCUAAAGUUUGGUGGAUGGUUCGUCGUGAUUUAGAUUACCAGAUGAAGGUUUUAACUGAAAGUAUGGAAAAUUUUUGGUUGGAUUAUUGGAAAGGAAUAUUUCUAGGAGUACCCACAGAUAGUCGUUAUAAGGAAAAUUUAAAAAUAUCAUUAUCUUCAAUUCUAGCAGAAGCCAACAAAUUAAAUCUUGUUUGCACAGAUUAUCUCCUAUUGGAGGUUUUAUUGGAUUCUGCAUCCUCUCUUGAUGACAUUCAGUUACUAAAUGCUCUUUGUCUUCUAUUUAAAUGUAAUACAAACCACAAAAGUUGCAAGCAGUUGGUAAAGCACAUCAAGAAAUGUAUUGUGGAGUUAAAUUUUGGUAGAGUCCAGCGAGCACCAGUGAUUUUAAUCUUAGAUAAAAGAGUACAAAUCUUGCCCUGGGAGAAUAUUCCCUUAUUGCGUCAGCAUCCUGUUUGUCGUGUGCCUUCUCUAAGUUUACUCCACAUACAAUUGACUUCUUACAGUCUUUAUCCUGACUGCAUCUUUAGAAAAGGUGUAGACACUCACAAUACGUUUUACAUCCUCAAUCCCAGUAAUGACAUUCCUGAUACUCAAAAGAAAUUUCAAGAUGUGUUUAAACAACAGAAAGGUUGGCAUGGCAUCGUCGGCAGAGCACCUACUCAACAAGAAUUCUCGUUUGCCAUUACUGAUCAUGAAUUAUUUAUAUAUUGUGGGCAUGGAACUGGAAAAGUUUAUUUGGCGGGGGAAAGCAUUGAGAGGUUGAAGUGUCAAGCUGUCACUAUUCUAAUGGGUUGCAGUAGUGGAAAAUUAAAAGUCUAUAGUCCUCAUCUAGAACCAACUGGAGUGACAUUACAAUAUUGGUUAGGAGGAAGUCCUUGUGUGGUUGCUAAUUUAUGGGACAUCACUGACAAAGACAUAGACAGAUUCACCGAAGCUCUAUUACGUUUUUGGUUGCCAACCUUCUGCAAAAAAGAAACAGGCAAUGGAGGAACUUCUAUAGCAUGUGCUGUAUCGUCUGCUCGCAAUUUUUGUAAACUGCCUCAUCUGAUUGGUUCUGCUCCUGUUAUAUAUGGCUUGCCUGUUUUUGCCAUUCAAGAAUCAUCAUUAUCUGGUAAUCAGCAGGAAAUGGUGCAUUUCAACUGACCUUAGUCAUUGUCAUGUGAUACACAGGUUGCCUUUGUACAUAAAGGGAAAUUAUCAGAGACCUGUUCUUCCUUUGUUCAUUUUCUCUGACAAUGUUAUUAAAUGUAUUAAAGCAUUUUAAAGAUGAUAUUAAAAAUAACAAAGUUU